AUGAACCGCAUGGGGCUGCGCACCACACUGUGGCCGGCGGGAGUAACCGUGGCUGUCCUUGCUGUCGUAGAGUGCGCUAAGUGUUGGAGGGAGUAUGGAAUCCGCCACUUCCCCUGCCCAUCGCCAGAGCGCAUCCCACAGGACCCCCACACGGGCAAGGACGGGGAAGGCCGCCUGGGGCCGGCAGUGGGCACGCCCAGAGGCCCACGGGCCUGGAAGCGAGGGCCAGGAGUCACGUCUGAAGGCAGCUGGACACCUGAGCCCACUGCGGCUGCCGGGCCCCUGGGCCGCAUGGCAGGGCCCAGCGCGGCCCGGGCCAAGAAGAGGAAGCCCAACUUCUGCCCGCAGGAGACGGAGGUGCUGGUGGCCAAGGUCAGCAAGCACCACCAGCUGCUGUUCGGCUCGGGGCUGCGCAAGGCCGAGCCGGCUCGCAAGUACCGCGUGUGGGGCCGCAUCCUGCAGGCCGUGAACGCGCUGGGCUACUGCCGCCGCGACGUCGUCGACCUCAAGCACAAGUGGCGGGACCUGCGGGCUGUGGUGCGGCGCAAGCUGAGUGAGCUGCGUGGGGCGGCGCCCGGGCCCGGCGCCGGCAAGCCCCAGGCCCUGACCCUCACGCCCGUGGAGCAGGUGGUGGCCGAGACCUUCUCCUGUCAGGCCCUGGCCCCCGAGGGCUGCGGCCUGGAGCCGACCAGAGCCACCCCGGUGGAUCCGAGCGAGCUCCAGGAGCUGUUCCAGGCAGCAUCAGCCGGCGUCUACCACAUCAACUCUAACGUGACCUCCUUGGAGCGGAGCCUCCGGUCCCUGGGGACGCCAGGUGACACACAGGAGCUGCGGGACAGCCUGCACUCGGUGCAGCAAGAGACCAACGCGACUGUCACAGCCAGCACCGGUGCCAUGAAGCAGCUGUCAGAGCUUCUGCGUGGCUCCUCCCGGCAGGAGCGUCUUCAGCUGGACCGCCUGAAGACUCAGCUGUCAGAUGCCAUUCAGCGCUACGGAGUUGUGCAGAAGAAAAUUGCAGAAAAGUCCAGAGCCCUGCUUCCCACAGCACAGAGGGCCGGCAAACAGGCUGUCUGUGGUCGGCAGAGUCCCCGGGCCCCUUUUGCCCAGCUGGCCGACGAUGAGAAGAUCUGCAAUGGGGACGACGACAUGUGGCCGAGCCAGGAGCAGGCGUUGCUGCCAGAGCUCACUGAGGAAGACCUGGAGGCCAUCCGCCUGCGGGAGGAGGCCAUCCUGAAGAUCGAGAGUGACCUGCUGGACGUGAACCAGAUCAUCAAGGACUUGGCCUCCAUGGUGUCGGAGCAAGGAGAGGCUGUCGACAGUGUUGAAGCCAGCAUCGAGGCUGCUUCCUCGCAUGCGGAGUCGGCCCGAGAGCUCCUGGCAGGAGCCAGUGGGCACCAAGGCAACCUCACUGACUUGGGCACACGGACCCAGGCCUCUGGGGCACUCUACGCCUGCAGCCAGCGCUCUGCCUGCUCCUUUCUGCGCCACACUGGCCUGGACGGCAGAGUCUGCCACACCGAGGAACUCUCCCAAGUGGUGGUGCCCCCGACUGACGAGGCGGACAAGGUGCCUGGCUGCCUGUGGACCCCCCUGCACACCCUGGACGGGCCCAGCCUGCCCGAGCCUGACCCUCUGGACCUGCGAGGAGUCUUCCACGUGCCCACCUCCUCACCCUCCCCACCUGCCUCUCCUGCCUCAGCUCCCCCAGCCACUGCCUUUGUGGGGGCCCUGCGGCCCUCCCCGCCCUCCUCAUCUCCCGCAGCCUCUGGGAAGCCUGCGGUGGCGGCGGCCGAGGUGUCUCAGUUUGAGCAGCAGCUGCUGGACUCACACCGGCGGCAGGGCGCCCUGCUGUCCUCCUGGUGCCAGCAACAGGGUGCACUGACGGCCCAGCAGAACCUGCUGCUGCAGCGACUGGCGGAGCAGAGCCAGCGGCUGGCCGAUGGCGUCGAGGCGCUCAACCGGACGCUGGAGAGGCUGGUGGAGGCGCAGCCAGGCCGAGGGGCCUGGCCCUCCACCUCUGACAACACCCCUGCCGGCCCAGCGGCCCCCGGGCCCGCCCGAGGCUCCCAAGCCAGCCCCCAGGGCGCCCCUGCCAGCCUGGAGGCCUUCUCCGGGAUGAUUCUGAAGGUGGAGGAAGAGAUCUAG